AUGCCUCCCAGAAGAAAGCUUAACUCUUCUUCCUCCUCCAAGAAACCCAACGUUUCAAUUCAACAAUCUCAACCGUCCAAGUUUGGCAUCCAACAUUUCUUCGAACGUCAUACUCAAAACGCCCUUGUAGCUACCCACAACCACCCAUCUUCUCCUCCCAACGCCCUCCUUUCAGCGACCCCUAAGUCUCCUAUCCCUGACCAUAACCCUUUAUCCUCUCCCAACUCCAAUGCAGCUGCUUUGCCUUUACCACUUGACGCCGCUAGCAACGCUGUCGUUUCUCAUUCUGCAUCGCAAAACCCUAAAAUCGAUUCUGAUUCCUCUGCCGAUAAGCCACCUGCCAUCGAUGUUAAUGUUGAGGUGUCGCCUUCAGCCUCCAAGUCUACGUCUCUGAAGCGCUUCAAUUUUUCCCCUGGAAUGUUGAUAAAGCAGAGCCAAGAUGAUGGAGGGGAUGUGGUGACAUGGAAGAUAUCUCCGGUCAACGAACGGCUUCAAGCACUCUCAAAGCACAUGCCUGUAUUGGCUGAUUCCUCGAAGCACGACUCUUUCAGCAUAAACCAACGCUCCCAAAACAAGGGUCUAAAUAUGUCUGCUAAGGUUGACAAGUGGCUUUCUUCGCCUUCGCCCAAAGCUGAUAAAAAAUCUUUGGUUUCAGACAACAGGGUUGGGUUAAAAAGAGCGAACCCAUUUCAGGAUACAGAGGUCAGUGAGAGAAUUGCUGAUGAGAAAACUUCUUUAGCAAGUAGACAGAGUCCAUUCCGCACUCCACCAUCCCUACCAUAUUGUCCUGAUAAGCUUACUAAUGGUAUUACAUCUGACCAGUUGGGUUUGAGGCAGCACAAAAAGGCAUUGCUUGAACUUCUAGAUCAAGUAGAAGAUGUCAUUUCUGUUGAGGAUUUUGUUUCCAGUGAAUCAGAGCCAUAUUCAUCUGACGCCCAAGAUGGACAGCCCAACGAAAUGCCUGUAAUAGCUGAUUCAAUAGUAAAAAGAGCUGGAAUGGGCCCACCACACAAAGUCAGUGAAACAUAUUCUAAAUGUUUUUUCCUAGUGUUGGAGGUAUCUGAAAAGCGAACUUUUUCUGAGUCUGUUGGUUUACAAUGCCCAUAUAAGGUUCUUCGCUUGGUAAAUGAGAAAUGUGGGGAAGAGCGUGCCGUUUAUUUGUGGGAAGAGUGGUCUUAUACUGUUGUUGCCCCAGGAGACACUGUGACUGUCAUUGGUGAAUUUGAUGAUGAGGGAAAGUGUAAUGUUGAUCAUGAAAAUAAUUUUCUUAUUCUUCAUCCAGAUAUUCUGGUCUCUGGAACUCGCGUUGCAGCUAGUUUCAGUUGCCCAAGGCGAACUGUCCUAGAUGAGAGAUUACGAUGCAAUGAGCAUUCAUCUGCAGCUCUUAUUGGCACCUUGCUCCACCAAAUUUUUCAGGCAGGACUUGUGAAGGAGGCCCCUACAAUACACUUUUUGGAAGAAUAUGCAAGAAUAGUGUUACAGAAGAACAUGGAGAGCUUGUAUGCAUGUGGAGUAAAUGAAAAUGAAAUAUAUAAAACCUUGACCGAAGCUAUUCCAAAACUAGUAAAUUGGAUUGUCCUCUUCAAGGAUUCAGAGGACCCAAAAGUCCCCACUGUAGAUUUUGGAUCUGAUAAUGGGCCAAAAAAGGUUAAUAUUUUAGAGGUGAUUGAUAUUGAGGAAAUGGCAUGGGCCCCAAAGUAUGGUUUGAAAGGAAUGAUCGAUGUUUCAGUUAGAGUGAAGGUUGAGUCAGGUGGAAAAGAAGACAACGAGAAGAUUAUGCCUCUAGAGUUUAAAACUGGAAAAAUGCCUAAUGGCCAGUCAUCUAUGGAACACUGUGCCCAAGUGAUCUUGUACACUCUCCUUAUGUCUGAGAGGUACCUAAAAUGUAUUGAUUCUGGCCUUCUAUACUAUCUCCAGUCAGAUCAGACACAAGUAAGUAAGCUACCUUCUGUCCUGUGGAUCUCUAUUUUCAAGGCCACUAAGCAUCUGUUGAUGGUUUGUGUAGGAAUCGUAGUUCGAAGAUCUGACUUGGUUGGGUUAAUCAUGCGUCGCAAUGAGCUUGCAAAUGAUAUUCUUAAGGCGUUAACAACACAACAAUUGCCCCCAAUGUUACAGAUUCCAAGCAUGUGCAAAGGCUGUCGCCAUCUUGAUGUUUGUACCAUCUAUCAUAAGGCACUUGGUGGUGACACAGAGAGUAGUGGAUUAGGUGAUGUAUUUGAUGCGCAUGUACAUCAUUUUUCAAAUGCUCAUGGUGUUUUCCUCAGACAUUGGGAUCGGUUGAUUGACCUAGAAGCUAAAGAGAUGCAGCUUGUAAAGAAAGAUCUCUGGCAUUCUUGUAAUCUGAAGAGUGAGGACUCUACUGGUUGCCUUUCUUCUCUUGUUCUUGAUGAACUUCCACAUCAGAAAUCUCACAAAGAAAAUAGAUUCAUCUAUCAUUUUGUGUGUCGACAUUCACCUGCUUCCGAUCUAAAUGGAUCUGAUAGAAAUCCUAUUAGUGCUGCCUCUUCUCUGACCAAAGAUUUGGAUUGCACACUUAAAAGUGGAGAUUAUGUGAUACUUAGCAUGGAAUCUGGCCAUCAAAUUGUUGCAAGUGGGGUCAUUGUGGAAGUCAGUCCUGUCCGUGUUUCUGUUUCUUUUUCUAAGUGUUUAAGGCUACCUGGUGGUAAUUCGUCGUCAAUGACGGAGAAACUAUUUCAGGAGGUCUGGCGGAUUGACAAGGAUGAAGUCAUGACCUCAUUUUCCAUUAUGCGGUUCAACCUUAUUCAAAUUUUUCUACAAAAUGAGCAAAGUUCUCAUCUCAGGAAGAUGAUUGUUGACCUUGCGGCUCCUAGAUUUGACAGCGGAUGCAUAUUCAGCCAAGAUCCAGCAAUAUCUUAUGUGUGGUCAGAGAAGAGCUUAAAUGAUGAUCAGCGUAGAGCUAUUCUCAAGAUACUUACAGCAAAGGAUUAUGCUCUAAUUCUAGGAAUGCCUGGAACGGGCAAGACAUCUACAAUGGUCCAUGCUGUAAAAGCCUUGUUGAUGAGAGGUGCAUCCAUUUUGCUUACAUCCUACACAAACUCCGCAGUUGAUAAUUUACUCAUCAAAUUAAAAUCUCAGAGCAUUGAUUUUGUACGCAUUGGAAGACAUGAAUCUGUGCAUAAGGAAAUUAAGGGGCAUUGUUUUUCAGGAAUGAACCUAAGUAGCGUUGAAGAAAUUAACGUGAAAUUUGACAAAGUCAAAGUUGUUGCUGUCACUUGCUUGGGCAUCACUAGUCCCUUCCUCUCUGGAAAGAAAUUUGAUGUAUGCAUUAUAGAUGAAGCUGGACAGACAACUCUCCCGGUAUCACUGGGACCGUUGAUGUUUGCUUCUACAUUUGUGCUAGUUGGCGAUCACUACCAAUUGCCUCCCCUGGUUCAGAGUGCAGAGGCUCGAGAGAAUGGAAUGGGAAUAAGUUUGUUUUGCAUACUAUCAGAAGCACAUCCACAAGCAAUUUCACCACUACAAAGCCAGUAUCGUAUGUGUGAAUGCAUUAUGGAGCUUUCAAAUGCAUUGAUAUAUGGAGAUCGAUUGCGUUGUGGGUCCCCUGAAGUAGCUAAUGCCAAACUCAAAUUUUCAAGACCAAACGCUUCUUGUUCAUCUUGGCUAAAAGCUGUUCUAAAUCCAGGCAGCCCAGUCAUUUUUGUUAACACAGAUCUGUUGCCUGCUUUUGAGGCUAGAGACCAUAAAACUGUGAAUAAUCCAAUGGAAGCUUAUAUAAUUGCAGAGAUAACGGAUGGAUUAGUUAACAAUGGAAUUGAAGCACAAGAUAUUGGCAUCAUUACCCCUUAUAACUCUCAGGCGAAUCUCAUCAGACAUGCUUGCAUAGCAUCUGUGGAGACGCAUACUAUUGACAAAUACCAGGGAAGAGACAAGGACUGCAUACUGGUGUCCUUUGCUAGGUCUAAUGAGAAUCCUAGAAAAUGCUCUUCUUCACUGCUGGCAGACUGGCAUAGGAUUAAUGUUGCUCUAACACGAGCCAAGAAAAAGUUGAUCAUGGUGGGGUCGUGCAGAACCCUAUCGAAGGUUCCAAUGCUUAAGCUUCUUAUUGACAAAGUUGAUGAGCAAUCAGGUGUUAUGAAAAUGUCGAAGAAGGAUAUCAACCACAAAGCGGUACUUAAGAGAUGCUCUCAGAUAAGAUAAUUGUAAAAUUGGCCCCUUCCGAUGGGAAUUUUGUUCAUAUGUAUAUUUGAAAGGUGUAUUUCAAAUUAUAUUUUGAUCGUAUCAUGCUACAGAUAUUGACAUUUUAUACAUGAUAAUGAUGAUGAUGAUAUGUAAAACAGUACCAGAAGUGAGCAUCUCAUUUGAUUAGUUUUUGUGCUUA